UGGGAGCUGCAGUAGUGUGUGAGUGUGCUAGUGCACUUGUUAAAGUUCGGAGGGGAACAAAGAACAAAGAGGAGCUCCGGUCCCGCCGCAUCAGCGUGUGAGGAUCAGAAGAUCAGACGCGGAUACAAUGUUGCGCUUCUGAGGGGAAAGCGGCGGAAGAUCAAAGGCGACCAGUGAGGGGGCGGGGCUUCAAUUAAGAGCUGUCAAUCAUCCAGCCGGGCGUGGUCACAGAGGACAGUUCAGAACAUUCAGGAGGUUCCUGCAGGUCACUGCUCUGGAUGAUUCACUUUAGGUGAUCAGGAUGGAUCAGGAGAGCGAUCUGCUUCGACCCAAACCUGCAGCAGAAGAUUUUGUGGAUGGAAUAAAUAUUGAAGAUGUCCAGUACUCGUCUCUGCGUGAUGAUCUGGACGGAGACGCUCGUGAUUUUGAAGCUCCCACCUGGAGUUUAGCCGUGGAUCAGGACUACAUGAAGAUGUUCAGUAAGGAGGCGGUGAAGAGGCAGGACGUGAUCCACGAGCUGAUCCAGACAGAGAUCAAUCACGUGCGGGUGCUGAAGGUGAUGCUGGGCGUUUACUCGCGGGUGAUACGCGACUCUCUGCUGAUGGACGAAUCACAGCUGGAGCGCCUGUUCCCACAGCUGGAUCGAUUACUGUACGAGCAUCAGAACUUCCUGGAUCGGAUGAAGAACAGGCGCAAGGAAAGUCUGGAGGAAGGAAGUGAUAAGAACUACUGCAUCCGGCAUAUCGGGGACGUCCUGGUCACUCAGUUCUCCGAUGAUGUUCGGAUGCGUCUGCAGGACACUUACGGGAUUUUCUGCAGUCGUCACACCGAGGCUGUAAAUUUCUAUAAAGAUCAACUACAGAACAACAAGAAAUUCUACAAUCUGAUGAGAAAAAUGAGUGGGAUGGCGAUAGUGAGGCGGUUGGGGGUACCGGAGGGGAUUCUCCUGAUCACACAGCGCAUCACUAAAUAUCCUGUACUGGUGGAGCGGCUCAUUAAAAACACAGAAGCGGGUUCGGAGGAGUACGACGACCUGGUCCGUGCGCUAGACUACUUAAAGGAAACCAUCACCACGGUGGACACUCAGGUCCAUCAGUACGAGCAGCUGCGUGACGUCGUGGCUCUGAUCGAUUCUAAAUCUCAGGGCCGGAUGAGCAGCGGACGGAUGAUCCGGAGAGAAGCUCUGCUCCAGAACAACAGGAAGCUGCUGAGAGAGGGCGUGAUCAACUGGAAAUCACAGAACAGGUCUAAAGUGCUGAAGGUGAUGAUGGUUCUGCUGCCAGAUCUUCUGCUGCUCCUCCAGGAGAAAGAUCAGAAGUACAUAUUCGCCCCCCUGGAAGGAGGGCCGGCGGUUCUUCCCCUGCAGAAGCUGAUCGUGAGAGAAGCUGCUCACAGUGACCGCGUGAUGUUCCUGAUCCUGGCGGCCGAUCCUAAAGCCCUGAUGUACGAGUUCCACACGUCAUCGUCUGAGGAACGGAGCAGCUGGAGGCGACACAUCUGGGAGGCCAUCGAAAUGUGUCCUCGUGUAGAAGAUGAUGAGAGCUGGCAGAUUGUGGAUCCUGAGGAUGUUUUUACAGAGAAACAGCGAGAUGUUCAGGAUCAGCUGUGUGAGAGAGACGCCCUGAUCGAGGAUUUACUCAGACAGAAGUUACAGAUCAUGUGUGACCUGACCGCUGAGACGCCGCUGGACACCGCGGGUACGGGGAGGAGGUUACUGCUGCGUGGUUCCGCCACCGAACUCCAACAGGGGGAGCAGUUCAUCAACCAGGCCAUCACACACGCGGAGAGUUUAAACAUGAUGCAGCAGGAUAGGGAGAUAAACCCGUAUUCUCCAUCUGAACAAAGUCACGACGUGGAGCUGAACAGGAAACCAGAACCGUUUCCCGUCUACACCAGAACAAGAACGAGUGCUGAUGGAUUUCAUUCCAGGGAUCAGAGGCUGAAUUCGGACCCUCACCUCAGGGAUUUGUACAUCGACAGUCUGGAGUUAUCGGCUGAUGAAGAGUCGAGCCCCCCGUUUCCUCCUCCUCCUCCCCCGGUACACGCCCCUCAGCCUCAGGCGGCGACGACGCUCAGACUCAUCCAGACGCUCUACAGUCUGAAGGCUCUGGUGGCUCAGCAGGACAGCGAGCUGGAGCUCCUGAGGGCGGCUCAGUCGGAGCGCGAGCGCCCCAGCCGCCUGCGCAACACCAUCCUGGAUCAGGAGCGCCAGCGCCACCUGGAGGAACAGCGCCAGCAACUGCUCCACCUGCAGAAGAUCCACGCCCAGCAACGGCAGGAGCAGGAGCUGUGGGCCCGGGAGCGCCAGCGCCACCUGCUGGAGACCCACGAGGCCAUGCAGGAGCUGAGCUCCCGGGAGGAGAACUGCACACGCGAGCAGGCGCGGCUCGCCGCCGAGAGGGAGGAGCUGAGCCGGAACCGGGCGGAGUAUCAGCAGGACCUGGAGAGGCUGAGGGACAGCACGCGCUCCGUGGAGAGGGAGAAGGAAAAACUCGAUCACAUGAUGAAGAAAUACAAGAAAUACGACACCCUCACCAGCAUGGGCGUGGCACCCUUCCUGGAAACCCUGCAGGUGCAGAACAAGCAGGCGUCUGUACCUGCGUAUCCCUCAGCGGAGGAUCCCGCGCUCAGUCCCAAAUCACACGUGCAGCCAAGUCCGUUCCAGGAGCGCCCCCCGCUGGUUCCUCCUCGCAAAGAGAGCAUUAACACCGCCGCCAUCUAUAAAUCUGACGUCCCCGUGCAUCUGGUCAGCACCACCAACCAGGUACUGAAGUCCAGCACCGUCCAGCAACAGAUACCAACCAGGUUAGCCAUGAGCAAAGGGAAGGACAAGAGCAAGAACAAGGGCUCGCAUCAUCGCACCUACACCGCAGCCGCCCUCGAAGUUCCCGAUCAAUUUCCCAUCAGACUGACGAUGAAGGAAGGAGGAAGCUUACGAGCGCUGCCGUCCACCAGCCCACGCUCACUCCACCCAGAAAUGUUCAUUCAUCCGGAAGAAUCAGCGAACGCCGUCCGGAAAGCCUCGAACUUGAAACCGAACCACCGGCGAAGCAAAAGCAGCAGCCAGGACGACAUUUUAUACCUUUAAUUCUUUAUGAUCAAAUAUUAGGUUUUAUAAAAGAAUCUGAACUGGAAACACUGGAACGUUAAAAAGAAAAGAGACGACGAGGACGAGGAAGUUCUGUAGGAUUUACACUGCAGCUUUUAAUUUCUACACUUUUUAAUUCUUUUUAUGUUACUGAUCUGAUUUAUUCAGCUGCACUUUUAUUUCCUCGAGCAAAAACAUUCCAGUUUUUUCUUUCGUUGUUUAGUUUAAAUUUGAUUUGAUAAAAUAAUUCCAGAAUGAAAAA